AUGUCCGAGAAUGCACCCAGCCAAACCCUCUACCUCAGAAAUCUGCCAUACAAGAUCAAUAUGGAUGAGCUAAGAGCCUCAUUGUACGCACUCUUCAUUACACACGGCACGAUCUUGGACAUUGUUACCAAAAAGUCCAGCGAGAUGCGUGAACAAGCCUUUAUUGUAUACGACAACGUCGCGUCUGCUACUGCUGCUUUGAGAAGUUUGCAAAAUACCAAUUUCUACAAUAAGCCUAUGAGCAUUGAAUAUGCAAAGACAAAGUCCAAUGCUGUAGCCAAGCUCGAUGGCACCUAUCGCCUACCAUCACUGGACAAGAACAAAUCAUCCACAGCCCUUGGAAAGCGUAGUCAGGCAGAUGAAGAAAAGGAAAACAGCACUCCCAUGAAGAUGGCACGGCAGGAUGAGGAUAGCGAUGAUGAGUAG